AGUGACGUGGCGUUAUUAAACUACACUUCCCAUGAUCCCCUUCGCUCGGCGGAUGUUUUUCGUUUACCGGACACACGUUUCCGAUCUCGAGCUCUGAUUCACCUGCUGUCCUUAAAACCAUAAACCGGCUGUCGGCGAGAUCACAGAAGCACUAAAACUAAAGAGCCCGUCUCAUCGGUUCACGGUACCCGUUGUUAUCGCCGCGUUAGCUCGCACGCUCGCGAUGUUCCUGUCGUCGGUACCGGCGCGCGUCCUGAUGCGAAGGUCGCGCAGUCUGUCGCCGUGCCGCGCGCUGCAGACCGGCCACGGCGAGGCCUCCCGCUUCCGACACCUCUGUGAGCUCGACCCGAACCGGAGUCCGGUGGCCAGAGCUCCGCGAGCGUCCGGUAAGAGCGUUGCGAGCGAGGAGUCGCGCGUGCAGUAUCAUCAGCUGGCCAGCAGGUGGCGCGAGAGUCUGGAGGUCCGGCGGAGCAGCUGGGCGAGUCUGACCGCCUCGGGGCGCCACAGAGCCGGACACGAAAGCCGCUCACAGGCCGCUAGUGCUGCGGGCGUCGCGGGCGUCAUUUCAGCCGCGGCCCUCGCCUUCUGCUUUAAGAAGGACAGUGAUGAUAAAGUCGAGGCUCUUCUAGAUGCUGCUAGAUCCAGUAACACAGAGCAGCUGCUCAGGUUGUUGGCGCAGGGAGUUGAUCCGAACAGUCGACACCGUUUGGGCUGGACACCCCUCAUGGUGGCCGCCAUGAACAGACAGCACAAUGUGGUGAAGGUGCUGCUGGAGGCCGGUGCUGAUCCAAACCUGGGUGAUGACUUCAGCAGUGUGUAUGAAGCGGCUCGACAGAAGGGCGUUCACUCAUUAGAGGUGCUGGUGAGUCGUGAGGAUGAGUUCAGUAAUCGUCUCAGCAGCCCGCGCUUCCUUCCGAGGAUGUUCUGCUCUUCAUUACGCCGCUCUGACCCGACGACCUGAGGACCGUCCAGAUGCUGCUGGACGCAGGUGAGCGCGACACACACACACACCACACACACACACACACACAGGAGGGUCUG